CCGGCCCAAGGAGUCACCCCGCCCCUUCCACUUCCGGACUGGGCGAUACCCUGGGUGGAGCAAUUAGUCCCAGCGCCAUGGCCACCCUCCGUGUCCUGUUCUCCCGCCUCUGCCGUCCGCCGCCCCGCUGCUCAGUACUGCGGCGCUUCGGCUCAGGGACUAACUUUCAGUACAUCAUCACAGAAAAGAAGGGAAAGAGUAACAAUGUAGGGCUGAUCCAGUUGAACCGACCUAAAGCACUCAAUGCACUUUGCAAUGGUCUGAUUGAAGAGCUCAACCAAGCUCUGGAGAUCUUCGAGGCAGACCCAGCCGUGGGAGCCAUUGUGCUCACUGGCGGGGAGAAGGCGUUUGCAGCUGGAGCUGACAUCAAGGAAAUGCAAAACCAGACGUUCCAGGAUUGUUACUCUGGGAAGUUCCUAAGCCACUGGGACCAGCUCACCCGAGUCAAGAAGCCAAUCAUUGCUGCUGUCAACGGUUAUGCUCUUGGUGGUGGCUGUGAACUUGCCAUGAUGUGUGACAUCAUCUAUGCUGGCGAGAAAGCCCAAUUUGGACAGCCAGAAAUCCUUCUUGGGACCAUCCCAGGUGCGGGGGGCACCCAGAGGCUCACCCGUGCAGUUGGCAAGUCACUGGCAAUGGAAAUGGUUCUCACUGGUGACCGCAUCUCAGCCCAGGAUGCCAAGCAAGCAGGUCUGGUAAGCAAGAUUUUUCCUGUUGAAAAACUGAUCGAAGAGACCAUCCAUUGUGCAGAAAAAAUUGCUGGCAACUCCAAAAUUAUAGUAGCCAUGGCCAAAGAAUCUGUGAAUGCAGCCUUUGAAAUGACAUUAACAGAAGGAAAUAAAUUGGAGAAGAAACUCUUCUAUUCAACCUUUGCCACUGAUGACCGGAAAGAAGGCAUGGCUGCAUUUGUAGAGAAGAGGAAGGCUAACUUCAAAGACAAUUGAGAGCCAGCAUCCUAGGCCUUACACUUCUCUGUGGAGAGUAAAGCACAGCCUGCCAGUUUAGAGGCAAUUCCUCCUAAGGGUAGUAGAAGACACAGUUUACUAUUGAUGGUGCAGAGCUGUGACCAGGGCUUAAGCUCGUGUGUGUGGCCAGCUGCCUUUGCUAGCUUUUGGGAAUUUAGUACAUAUUAUGUCCUUACCAGAGCACAUUCUUCCAGAUCAGAAAUCUGCUAAGGAGCCUUCAGAAUGUCUGAUGCUUUUACUUCACUUCAGGGCAGGCGUUCACUUGGGCCAGUUACCCCACUGCGAACUGCGUGCAGCACACAGCUGGGGGUACCACAACUCAAGGAAAAUGUUCCUGUCUGCUUGUUCUAAAAUGCCAGUCUGAUUAAAGUGACAUUUCAAAUUA